AUGACGCAGCACGUGAAGGAGAGGUACGCCCUCACCCUCUCCUGCAUAACCGCGGGCGGCGCUGAUCCAUACGGCCGCGCCUCAAGCGAUGUCGUCGCCAUGUCCCAGCCUGGUCUCUACAGGUGCAACGCCGGCGGCCACCCGACAUGCGGGAAGCCGAUGGACGGCUCCAGGCUGCAGUCGCACCUGCUCUCCGUGCACGGCGCGAACGGCGCCACGGUCUACACAUGCGGCGAGUGCGGGUGGCGCCUCAACGGGCUCGGCGCCCUCAUCAACCACAAGCCGGUCCACGUUUUGACCACGGCCUGCCAGACGUGCGGCCUGCAGUUCGCCUCCGCCGGGCAGCGGUUCGACCACCUUCGCCAGCACCACGGGCUCUCCCCCGGGCGCUCGUGA